CCCAGGGUCGCGGUGCUCGAGCGCGGCCGCCGACUGCAGGACAGCUCCAUGUCCACUGCAUUGCUUGAUAUUGCUUCCUGGUGGAUUUCCAAUCGACAGUCCCCUUCGUCCUAAUACUUUGCUGCAUUCCUUUGUUGACACCGUGACCACCACAUUGGCGUCCAUAUCCCGCCGCUCCUUUCUAAGAUCCAACCACGAAUCAAUGUCCUCAUGAGCUGUUAACGAAGACUCUCUGGCCGACCAUUUGGGAGACACUUGAGCAUGGCGUAUCAGCAGCAGGGCGGAGUGGGCGGUAAUGGCGGGCCUGGGGAGCAUCAUACGCCGCAGGGGACAGAGUAUACGCUACAAGGCGUUAUGCGCUUCCUCCAAUUAGAAUGGCACAGUCACGAGCGAGCCCGCAAUGCGUGGGACAUUGAGCGCGCGGAGAUGAAAGCCAAGAUCGCGAAGCAGGAGGGCGAGUGUCGGCACGCGAAGCGGAUCAAUGAGCAGCUAGAACGUCAGGUUAAGAUGCUGGAGAAUGCGCUGAAGAACGAGCGGAAGAGGGGUGCUGCGAAGAAGGAGGUCAAUGGAGAGCCUGCAGGCCUUGCGGAGAAGGUGGAUGACAAGCAGACGGAAGCGGGCAGACGGCCUGUCGGCGGAGCUGCGAAGGAGAAGGAGGGUAAGGAUGACAAGGACCAGAGACCUCCUUCGAACGUGCCGCACAACUCGUUCCUUGAAACGGACGAGACCUUCGACCAGACUGACAAGGAGCGCGAACAGUACCUCGACAACACCACCAAAUACCUCAAGAGCUGUAUGAAGGAAAUUCAGUACUUGCUCACGCCUCCACAACAUCCUCCGCCGCCCCAGCAGAUGUUACCGAAUGGCAACUACUCCGGUCUUCCAGAGCCACCGCUUCCAGUCGAGGAUAUCUAUUCACGUCACCAGUCAAGACGUGAUAGGCAACAAGGCCAGCAAUUGCCGCAGGCGUCCAACGUACCAAACCACCAAGCACCGCCCAUACCGAACAGCUUACCGCAGACCUCUGGACCGCCGCCGAUGUCUGUUGGAUAUAGAGACUUCCCAGAUGUCUCACAGCCGCCGUCAGAGUCAUUGCAGCAAACAUCAGGACAUCCUUCAAUGCCGUAUGAUGACCAAGUAGAAAGCGUCACACACACCUUCGACGCCCGCGGUCGAGAACUGCCGUCGCAAGAAGCGCCACAACCGCUUCGCCCAGGGCGGCACCCACCCGACGCAGACGGCUGGACAUUUGACGAUGAGCAGCCGUCACGGCCUGAUAACCCACCACCUGACGUACCACCCCCGCGAAGACCGGACACAGAUCUCUUUCCUAGUGCUGCGCAAAAUACUCACCUCUCUGCGAAGUCGCCGCCUCGAACGGGUCCUGGAUCGCAUCGACGGAAGAGCUCAGGGUCACAAUCCAUGUCGCGACGACGGAGCUCGCAAGGCAAGCAUGAAACGCAAGAGGGCGCGGAUGCGCUUGCACAUGCCGAUCCUACUCAGUUCAAAGUCAAGUUCGCACUCCGCGGCCACCUUGACGUUGUCCGUACUGUCGUCUUCAGUGGUGGCGGCAGCCCGAGCGAGCCUGAAGUGUGCACUGCUGGUGACGACGCUACCAUCAAGCGCUGGAUCAUUCCUGCUUCUUACCAGAACUACUCGUCGGGGACCAACAAUCCCGAUCUGGAUAUUGCGGCCUACUUUACACACAGAGGUCAUGAUGGAAUUGUGACUUCGCUGGCCGCAUGUCCUGCAAGUACCGGUUUCAGUACGGGAGGUCGGGCGAACGGCGACGGCUGGGUUUUCUCCGGCGGUCAGGAUACCACCGUCCGGGUGUGGGAGCGUGGGCGUGUGGAUCCCAAAGCCACGCUGGAAGGCCAUACGGAUGCGGUCUGGUGCGUCUGCAUUCUCCCGGCUCCAGUGGGCGUCGUCUUCGGCCCUCAGAGUGGGAGUUUCGGCGGACAAGACCGCUUACUGCUUGUCUCUGGCGCCGCCGACGGCACGGUGAAAGUUUGGGCGGUCAGCGCUCCGCCUCAGACAAGCUCGCCCUCUACGGGGAGCAGACGAGGUGUCGGGGGCAGUCGAAGGCAUAGCGUCACUUCCGGUUCGAACUUCCCCUCGUCGCCGCAGCCUUCUGUGGCCAGCGCGACACCGUUCAGCUACACGCUUGUUCAUACCAUCGAGCGACCGCAGAGUUCGCCGGGCGCGCAAAAGCCUAGUCCGACCUGCAUUGCGCCGUUGUCACCGAACGGCGAGACGUUCGUGGUCAGCUACACGGACUCUUCGGUGUUGAUUUUCGACACCAGAACGGGGGAGGAAGUGAUCGGCAUGGCGAGCAACGAGACCUACGAUGGGACCUUGAACACCAGCAUUAACACUGUCGUUGCUACGAACCUUGGCAUGGAGGGUGCUGGGCCCAGCAUUGACGCUGCCAGAGGGCUUGAGGCGGAAGAGGUGGGUGCAGGUGCCACGGGUGGCAGGGAAGGUGUGGAAGGUAUGGUCAUCAGUGGGCACGAGGACCGGUUUGUGCGGUUCUUCGACGCGAACAGCGGCCAAUGCACCUACACCAUGCUAGCCCACCCUUCCGCCAUAUCCUCACUCUGCCUGUCAAAGGACGGACGUGAAGCCGUUUCCGCCGGCCACGACGCCUCCAUCCGCUUUUGGUCACUCGAGAAGCGCAUAUGCACACAGGACCUCGUGUCUCAUCGCACUAUGCGCGGUGAAGGCGUCUGCUGCGUCUGCUGGAGCCAAGACGGCCGGUUGGUGGUGAGCGCGGGCGGUGAUGGCGUGGUCAAGGUCUUUGCGCGAUGAGGGAGAAGUUUGUAUGUCUUGUGGCUUUUGUGUACAUACUGAUGGCGCUUACGGGCCUGCAGUAAGCGAGGAGCGCAGUUCUGGAGAAGACGUAGUCGUGCAUAGCAGGUGGCAUUUGCAUAGCAAGGAGAGCGGGUCGAGACAGCAUAGCAUUGUAAAACAGCACAUGCAUACUCCAAGG